AUUAAAUAAAGCAAACAAGUCAUCACUUUUUUGGGGUGGAACGUCAAAAAGAGGGUGAGACAAUCUUUGUGUUCUAAAACAUGCCAUCUUCAACAUCAACAUCAGUAGCAUUCAAAGGCUGUUACUAUGUGAGACCAAUGGAACCAACAUGGUGUGGCCGUUUACCAUUAUCCGAAUGGGAUCAGAUUGGAAUCAUAGCACACGUGCCAACAAUAUACUUUUACCAGCCCCCAAAAAACUGGCUUACCUCCCCCACUAAAAUCGCCACCACUUUGAAAGAGUCAUUAAGCAAAGUCCUUGUGCCGUUUUAUCCACUUGCCGGUCGUUUACACUCGAAAGGAAAUGGUCGUUUUGAUCUCGAAUGCAACUCAUUGGGUGUUCAAUUCAUCGAAGCACAAUCCUCGUUAACAUUAUCCGAACUAGGUGACUUUUCACCUUCUUCGGAAUAUUACCGUUACCUUAUCCCACACAUUGAUUACACACUCCCAAUGGAAGAUAUUCCACUGGUUAUCUUUCAACUCACAAAUUUUAAUUGCGGUGUAGUUAGUAUUAGUUUGUUAAUCUCACACGCAGUUGCUGAUGGACCAAGCGCGUUGCAUUUCAUUUUUGAGUGGGCUCGGAUUGCACGUGGUGAGCCUUUGAAAAUGGUGCCAAGGUUUCUCGAUACAAACAUGUUGUCGCCAAAACGUUGUAACAGUGUUAAUAAAUGGGAGCCUGAUCAACUUCCUUUAUUGUUAGGAAAUUUGGAUAAUGUUGAAGAAAGGAAGAAAAAAACAACGGUGGCUAUAAUCAACUUGAGUAAAACACAAGUUGAAAAGUUGAGAAAAACCGCAAAUGAGAGUUGGAAUAAACCUAGUAAUGGUCGAGGUUAUUCGAGGUAUGAAACAGUAACCGGUCAUAUUUGGAGAAGUGCAUGUAAAGCAAGAGAGCAUAAAAAUGACCAACCAACCGCGCUUGGUGUUUGUGUUGAUUGGAGGCGUCGUGUGGAACCUAAUUUACCUAAAGGGUAUUUUGGGAAUGCCAUUUUAGAUGUUUUGGCUACUAGUCUAGCAGGUGAUUUAAUGUCUAAACCCUUAGGGUAUGCUUCAAGUAGGAUAAGGGAAGCGGUUGAGAAAGUGAACGAUGAGUAUAUUAGGUUGGGGAAUGAGUACUUUAAGAAGCAAGAAGAUUUGACUAAGUUCCAAGAUCUUCAAGUUGUAGGGAAUGGUGAGAAGGGGCCUUUUUAUUGGAAUCCUAAUUUAGGAGUGACUAGUUGGUUGUCAUUGCCAAUUUAUGGACUUGAUUUUGGGUGGGGAAAGGAGGUUUAUAUGGGGCUAGGAACACAUGAAGAACUUGAUGGAGAUUCAUUGCUUCUUCCUAGUCCCAAUGAUGAUGGUUCUUUGUUGGUUAUUAUUUGUCUACAAGAGAUCCAUAUGGAUGUCUUUAAGAAGCAUUUUUAUCAAGACAUUGUGUGAUCCAUGGAUGGAUUGAAAGAGAAUCACACAUGCAACAACAAAAGAUAAGUUUUGAUGACUUCUAGAAUUUAUAAGUAAGUACUUUUUAUUUAUGGAACUUAUACAAAAUAAGGAUGGGAAUAAUUUACUCUAUUGAGGUUGGUAUGAAGAAACCAAUAGGUCA